AGCUCUGCCUAUUCUCAUAAGCUCUUCUUCUCGGCUGCUCCUUCUUCUUCUACCGCUCCUCUGUCUUCGUCCCGCAUAGUUGUCUGAUCACAUUCAUUCGCCGCUCCACCAGCUUGUCCACGAAACCAAACGACUCUUCCAAGACCUCCGUCAAUCCACCAAACACUCCGAGCUCAUACCGCCCAUCAUGCGCACCGCCGUCCUCGCUGUCCUCCUCAGCGCCGCUCUCACCGUCGCGGCGCCGAUCACUCCCUCCCGAAACAUCGUCGCUCGCCAAAGCGCCAGUUCCAGCGGCGGUCUACUAGGUCUCCUGGGUUUGACUGGCGGCUCUGCAGCGAGCGGCUCUUCGCCGAAUGGAUCGAGUUCGUCGUCGAGCGAGUGCAAUUUGUUCGUCUGCACGUCUUCUGCAUCGGCGGGCGCGGGAAAUUCGACCUCGUCGAGUUCGAGCAGUAGUUCGAUUUCGAUCUUGGGUGCGAAGCUUUUCCCUGGACGGAGAAGGAGACUUUGAGAAGAUUCUUGCGAUGAGAUAGAUUUGGGACUUUUGGGAAAUGUUAUUAUGAUUUACGAUGUGACGAUGCGACAGUUGGAAUGUAGCUACGAGAAUGUGGUUGCCGGGAUGUGAUGGUGAUGGGCUUGGGUACACAUCGGUGGUGGUGAUGGUGAUCGCGACAGCAAGGUUGGAAAGGCCACAACGAUGGUGAUGGUGACGAGGAUUACAAGGUUGAAAAACAUCACAACGAUGAUGACAACAACAAACAUCACAAGAUGGGAA